AUGUCUUCUCUCACUAUUACUCCAACCGCUCUCUUUGCUGAAAACUGGAAUCCUGAAACUCUUAUUAUUUUUUUGCGCGGACAAAAUUUAAACCUCGACGAAGAUGACUAUAAAAUACUUCGCAAAGAAAAAAUCGAUAGUCAGAUUUUUCCGGAUAUGACCGAAAGAAAGUUUAUGGAAGAUGGAAUGAAACGAGGGCCUGCUAUGAAGCUAGAUAAACAAGCCAGAAUGUUUAAGAAACAAACAAAAGUUCUUGAAAAGGGUAAAAUCAAAUAUUUCUGGCUUUUUUUACAUGACAUGUGGUCUAUUCAGCAUUUCAUCUCUUGGUCUACAAAUAUGUUUGGACGAAUCGAUAAAAAUGAGGCGCAUACAGUGUUUUAUAACACCUUAUACAUUAUCUGUGAUGACCCAAGCACUUCACAAGAAGUUCUUAAGGCAAUUAGGAACCUUUUAUUCAUAAAGAAAGUUAAUGGGACAAUGGCUCGAAAGCCAUUAGCUGAUAUUUCUAAUCAGCAAAAAGUUUCAUUACCUUCUUCACCUAUUUCCGGAAAAAAACGAAGCAUUGGUAAUAUCAUGGAUAUUUCUGCAAAUGUUCCGUUACGAAAGAACGGAUUCAUAGACAUUUUAGAAGUAUUAAAGGUUGUAGUCCGUGAAUUCGACCAAGGCACAAUAGCACUAGGAUCCAUCCGUUCAUACAAAAUUUCAAAUCACAUAUACGUGGAUUUUGAGCAUCACAAUAAAGUUCUGAGGGAGAGCACGUACGAUGCUGAAAUGUACAGGAUCUUAACAAAUUGGCUAAGGAAGAUUCACGGCUACGAAAUUACAGGGCAGUGGCAUCUCGAACAAGUUUGUGAUGACGGCAACUAUCAUCAUUAUUACUGUGAUUUGACGAUAAAGAAUCUUGAUAACCCCCAUCCUGAAGCUCUUAUUGAGCUCUUAGUGACAGCAUCAGUUUCAAAACUAAACAGCCAUUUCGACCAAGUCUUUAAGUAUGCUGAACGCCUUUGCCCCCAAGAAGUUUGGAUCGUACACUUUUCUCGUGAAGAUUUUGUUGUCACUAACCAUACUGGCCAUCUCAAAAGCUUCAGGAUAGGG